AGACCUCGUCUGCUACACCGAUUACUUCAAGACAGUCACCUGCACCCUGGAGACAUGGACCCUCCACCCUGGCACGCUCACCCUUACCUGCCCUCCGUGCCUCCCUGCUCCGGGCUUCCUGUGAAUGAUCCCUUCCAGUCCUCACGAUUAUUGCUCCCGUUUUACAAACGAGGACUCCGGGGUUCAGAGAGGUUAUGCAACUUGCCCAAGGUCGCACAGCCGGUGACUGGUGGAGCUGGGGUUGAAACGCAGGCCGCUUGAUUCCAAAAUCCGCGGGGCCCCCAUCCGUCCGUAUGGUGAAAGAAAAGCUCAUUGACGACACUCGUUUAAGAAUGGUGGGACAGGAAAAGCAGGGAUUUAGAGCCAAGGAGCAGGGGUGGGGUCAGUGGAUAGAAAAUUACCAAUAGGACGAGGCCAGGGUAAGGGGGUUUCUGGCUAAAUGACCUAAUAGGGUUCUUGCUGACGGCAGCUCGGGCUGGUCGGGUGUCGCCCAGGGGGAUGGUGGGAAGUGAGGAGCCUCGUCAGACAUCCAGGGCCGGGGGAUUCUGGCUCACCUGACUUAGCAGGGGUCUUGCCAUAAUUAAUGCUACACCCCUGCAGGCCCUGGGGGACUCAGCAGAGCGCAAGACCAAUGAGGUCCCAGAAGCUCUGCAGUGUGGGAAGUAUCUGGGGAGACAGACGAUAAUCACACAAACAACGUCAGGCUGCUUUCUGAUAACAAUGAAAGGGAACGGGAACCUGGGCCAGGGGGGUACAGAGCAAGUGACAUGGCGGCAGGUGGUCAGGACAGGCCGCUCUGGAUGAGGAAGCAGCCGGAGAGCUGGCGAAAGAGCAUUCCAGGCAGAGGGCACUGCCCGUGCAAAGGCCCAGAGGGAGGGAGAGCGGCCGAGUUUGAGGAAUAGUGAGGAAGUCAGUGUGGCCCGAGUAGAGUGAGUCAGUGUGAGCGAGAAUAACAAGCAAAGAAGGUGAGAGGUGGGCAGAGGCCAGAGCGGACGUUUCUGUUCUAAGAAAUAUUUAGCAAAGAACAGAGUCCACACGUCCCUAUUGGCCCUGAAGGGUGGUCAUGUUCAUUGGCCCUGAAGGGUGGUCAUGUUCAGAGCCUGAAGGUGUAGGCAGGGAAACAAGUAUCUGCCGAACUCCUAUGCACACUUCAAGACCCAUUGUUUAUUGCCCAGUGGGAGUUAAAAAGCCAGAGCAUCCCCCCCGACAACCCCAUUCUCCACAGCCUCCCUGGAAAUUCACCCAGAGCAGGGGGUGAGGUUCAUUUGGCCCUUAGCCUCCUUCCCGUAGGACAGUGAUCCAGUUGAUGGAAUCGACAGGGACAGAUUUAGGCUCAGUCUAGGCAAGCUGAGAGUUGCUGCCCUAUGUGAGACGGUGAGUUCCCGGUUCCUUGGAGGCAUGCAAGCCAAGCCUGGAGACAGCCCAUCGGGGAUGCUGCAGGGGAAGGAAUACCUUCCCUGGGAAAGUGUUGGUAGACCAGGUGACCCCCAGCCUCGCCUCAAAUCCCGCCCAGCCCCAAGAUUCGGGGCCUCCUCCCUGGCCCUGUGCACUGAGCCCCGCUGGCUUCCAGCCAUGAUCGGCUGCUCUGUCCUUGAAGGCAAGACCUAUACGGAGAACUAGUGGACGAGGUCACCUCCUGCAGCCUCCGCCGGUCCACCCACAAUGCCACACACACAGAGUACACGUGCCACAUGGAUGUGUUCCACUUCAUGGCCGACGACAUUUUCAGUGUCAACAUGACAGAUCAGUCCGGCAAUCGCUCCCAGGAGUGUGGCAGCUUUGUCCUGGCUAAGAGCAUUUGUUCUGCAGAUGUGAAGUCGUGUUGGGUUGAUAACCAGGUUUGGGCCUUAACCAGAGAGAGGGAGCAGAGGCACGAAAUGGGCCUGGCCCGGGGCCCAGGACCUGCCUUCAAGCCAUCCCCCCCUUUCAAUGUGACCGUGACCUUCUCGGAACAUUAUAACGUCUCCUGGGACUCCAAUCACGAUUCCUAUCCGCUGAAGGGCAAGCUACAACAUGAGCUGCGGUACAGGAGGCAGGGAGACCCCUGGGCGCUGAGUCCGGGGAGAAAGCUGGUCUCCGUGGACGCGAGGAGCGUCUCUCUCCUUCCCUUGGAGUUCCGCUUUGACUCGGACUACGAGGUCCAGGUGCGCUCGGGGCCGCAGCCCGGCUCUUCCUUCCAGGGGACGUGGAGCGAGUGGAGUGACCCAGUCACCUUUCACACCCUGCCAGAAGAGCUAAAGGGAGACGGCCACAUCUACCUGCUGUAUAUCUUCCUGGUCAUUGUAGUCAUAGUCUUCUUGGGCCUGAAGAUCGACCUGCCUUGGAGGCUGUGUAAAGAGUGGGUACAGGUGCCCAGCCCAGAGCAGUUCUUCCAGCCCCUCUACGUGAGCCACAGCGGAGACUUCAGGAAAUGGGUGGGCACGCCCUUCACUGCCUCCAGCUUGGAGCUGGUGCCCUGGAGCCCAGAGGCGCUUUCGUCCCUGGAGAUGCACACCGGCUGCCCGCCGCAGGGUGCCAGCAAGGGGCCGGAGCCCACGGAGCUGCCGGAGCCCGCGGACCUGGUGGAGGUGGACGGGGUGCCCGAGCUGGGCUUCUGGGGCCCAGCCCACUCAGUCGUCAGCAGCCUCGGUGGCUCAGCUUACAGCCAGGAGAGGGACCGGCCAUACGGCCUCGUGUCCAUUGACACGGUGACCGUGGCGGGCACCGAGGGGCCCUGUGCCUGGUCCUGCACCUGCGGAGAUGAUGGCUACCCAGCCCUGAACUUGGACGCCAGUCUGGAGCCUGGCUCGAGCACUGGGGACCCGCUCUUGGACACAGAGACCACAGUCCUGUCCUGCGGCUGCGUCUCGACUGGUGGCCUUGGCGGGCCGGACAGCCCUCUGGGCAGCCUCCUCGACAGGCUGAAGCUGCCCCUCAAAGAUGAGGCGGGUUGGACCCCGGGGCCGCCCUGGAGCGGCGGGCCACCCCGAGGGGUGCCUGGAAGCGAGGCAGGCUCGCCCCCGGCCGGCCUAGACAUGGACACCUUUGACAGCGGCUUCGCGGGCUCUGACUGCGGGAGCCCUGUGGAGUGUGACUUCGCCGGCCCCGGGGACGCAGGGCCCCCCAGGAGCUACCUCCGCCAGUGGGUCGUCAUGACCCCUCCACCUGAGGGAUCUGGGCCGCAGGCCAGCUAGCGAGGCCGACUGGCCGUCCGGGGCCGGCCGAGCCUCUCUGCCCUGAGCCAGAGCUGCGGGCCCCUGGGCCGGAGGGUGAAGCGGCCUGCAACCUCCCGUCCCCCCGACGGGGCCCCCGGGCCCGGUGUUUACGGCGACCCAGGUGCACACUGCUGUGUCCGUGUGUGACCAGCACAGCUGCCAGAGGGCACGGAGCGUGCCGCGGUGAAGCCACGUGCCCGAGGCCACACACGUCUGUGCCCACACGAGGUCCCCGUGUGUACGGAUGUGAGAAGCACGUGUCCGUGACUGUGUGCACGGGAUGCCAGCCUCGCUCCUCGCCAGACACGUGGGGUGGCCCCAGGUCGUGUGCCGAGGGGCUGGUCCAGGGUUACUCACGGCCCUGCCGGGAUCAGGCCACUGCCUGCGGCGUCCGAAUUCCAGCCCUCCGGAUCCGGCCUCCAGGAGCCGCAGGACGUCCAUACUGUUCCUCUUCACUUCUCGGGGCGGGGAAGAGGAUGGAGGGGGCCCACCGUGAUCCUGGGUGUGGGGAGGUUUGGGGGGAGCCUGGUGGGUCAAGAUCUGCUUCCUAACUGUGAUGCCUCUGGGCUGUGCCGCCUUGGGCCAGCCGCUUCCCCUCUCUGGGCUGGAGUUUCCCGUUUGGACUAGGGUGUGGGGGUGCGUGACCCAUCUUGGGGAGAAAUGGGUGAGGUCACCCAGGGUACAGGGUGCGACAGAGCAGACCCUCAAUAAACUCAGUUUCCUUCCUUCUGCUGCCCA